AACCCACGAGGGCGUGGCUUCGUUCUCAACCGCCUCGCCAUUUUCCGGCUGUUGUUGUUAGCCACCUGGCUAGCUUCUCUUAGCAUUUUAAGUCACAUAAGAAGCGAAGAAAUAAAUUACGGGUUAAUAUACUUAAGUUGUAUUCCAUUCCCGUCGACAUGGACGAGGAGUAUUAUAGCGGUGCCGGCGACUGGGAAGGAACUGACGGUAACGCGGAAGAUACCUAUGUUGACGGGGAAAAUUAUGGAAAAAUCCAAGAGGAUUGUCUACAGAAAUUCUCCAGCAGGGAUUACAUCAUGGAGCCUGCCAUCUUCAACACCCUCAAAAUGUAUUUCCAAGCAGGUGGUUCUCCAGAACACGUCAUCCAGCUUCUGUCUGAAAACUACUCCGCUGUGGCUCAGACUGUUAACCUGCUGGCCGAGUGGCUCAUCCAGAUGGGUGUAGAGCCCGCGCAGGUCCAAGAACGAGUUGAAAAUCACCUCAAGAGUCUCUUGAUAAAACACUUUGACCCCCAGAAAGCAGAUUCUAUUUUCACUGUAGAGGGAGAGACCCCUGCUUGGUUGGAGCAGAUGAUUGCACACACGACAUGGCGAGACCUGUUCUACAAGCUGGCGGAGGCGCAUCCCGACUGCCUGAUGCUCAACUUUACAGUGAAGCUGAUUUCAGAUGCAGGCUACCAGGGUGAGAUCACCAGUGUGUCCACAGCGUGUCAGCAGUUAGAGGUUUUCUCUCGGGUGUUGAGGACAUCUUUGGCCACGUUACUGGAUGGAGGGGAGGAGAACCUGGAGAAGAACCUGCCAGAAUUUGCUAAAAUGGUGUGUCAUGGCGAGCACACGUACCUCUUUGCUCAGGCUAUGAUGUCCAUCCUCGCCCAGGAGGAACAAGGUGGCUCUGCUGUGCGCCGGAUUGGUCAGGAGGUGCAGAAGUCGGCCCACAAGAGGGGCCAUGACGCCAGUCAGAUAACCCUGGCACUCGGCACAGCGGCAGCGUACCCUCGUGCCUGCCAGGCUCUAGGCGCCAUGUUAUCCAAAGGAGCCCUGAAUCCCGCUGAUAUCACGGUGCUCUUUAAGAUGUUCAGCAGCAUGGACCCGCCUCCUGUGGAGCUGAUCAGAGUGCCUGCCUUUCUGGACCUCUUCAUGCAGUCACUGUUUAAGCCGGGCUCAAAGAUCAACCAAGACCACAAGCACAAGUACAUCCACAUCCUGGCCUACGCUGCCAGUGUGGUUGAGACCUGGAAAAAGAACAAGCGCGUCAACAUCAACAAAGACGAGCUGAAGUCCACCUCCAAGGCCAUCGAGACGGUGCACAACCUUUGCUGCAAUGACAGCAAAGGUGCCACGGAGCUUGUGGCUGAGCUGGGCACUCUGUACCAGUGCAUACGGUUCCCAGUGGUUGCUAUGGGGGUUUUGAAGUGGGUGGACUGGACUGUGUCAGAACCACGGUACUUUCAACUGCAGACCGAUCACACCCCGGUCCAUUUAGCUCUUCUGGAUGAGAUUUGCACGUGUCACCAGCUGCUGCAUCCUCAGGUUCUCCAACUGCUCAUCAAGCUCUUUGAGACGGAACACUCGCAGCUCGACGUCAUGGAGCAGAUGGAGCUGAAGAAGACUCUCCUGGACCGAAUGGUUCACCUGCUGAGUCGUGGUUACGUCUUGCCCGUGGUUGGCUACAUUCGCAAGUGUCUGGAGAAGCUCAACACGGACAUCUCUCUCAUUCGAUAUUUCGUCACUGAGGUCCUUGACGUGAUCGCACCUCCGUACACAUCCGACUUUGUUCAGCUCUUCCUGCCCAUCCUGGAGAACGACAGCAUUGCAGGAACAAUCCGCACAGAAGGAGAACACGACCCCGUGGCCGAGUUCAUAUCUCAUUGCAAGUCAAAUUUCAUCAUGAUUAACUGAUGGUGCUGACGCGGCACCGUGAAGACGUUGGAUGACGUUGCUUGGGCUGGACGGACCAGUUUUGAUGAUGCAACGUGUGAUCUUAGGGCUGUUAACUCCCAACUUUAUCGAUCCGGUAGGACAGUGAAGGCACCGAAGAUGCUCAGCAUAGCGAGUGAUGCAGAAGAAGGAAAAAAAAAAACAAAAACCCGACGUGGCAUCGCUUUGAAGACUUUAUUGACACAUUGUUGUCCUCAUGUGUACAUUGUGUGAAAAGAUCAUCUUUUUAGUGUAAGGCACACUUGAAUCUGUAGCAAUCAUAGAGCCUUUAAAACAGGUAACGGCAUGCCUUUCUUAAUAUGUUUAUUUCUGUUUGUUUGUAAACAUUUUUGUUGUGAUUUGAAGUCUGUUUAUAUUUUCAA